UUGACGCCGCGCGUCCCCGGGCGGUCCAGGCGCUCCUCCGCAGACCCCAGGCGCUUCCACGGCCCGAACGCGGAGGCCACCCCGGCCUUGCGGAGAGUGAGGCCGGAAUUGUCGCCGAGAUUUGGAGGUGGGGGAGGCGCCGGGACGGAGGGUCUGGCGGCCGCUGGGACCACCCGACGACGGGGCUCCAGCCCGGAAACUGCUGGAACAUGCGCUCGGAGCCGCAGUUUGUUUGACAGUUACCAGACUAUGUUUACACUUCUGGUUCUACUCAGCCAACUGCCCAUGGUUACCUUCGCGUUUCCUCAUUGCACAAGAAGUCCGAAGGAGUCUGGGCAUGCUGGAGAAAAAGUCUUCGCAGCAAAAGAAGAAGCAAACCUUUUCAUACAUAGACACCUCCUAUACAAUAGAUUUGAUUUGGAGCUCUUCACGCCCGGUGACCUAGAAAGAGAGUGCACAGAAGAACUUUGUAAUUAUGAGGAAGCCAGAGAAAUUUUUGUGGAUGAAGACAAAACGAUGGCAUUUUGGCAAGAAUAUUCCAUCAAAGGACUAACUACCAGAUCAGAUGGCAACAGAGAAAAAAUUGAUGUCAUGGGCCUUCUGACUGGAUUAAUUGCUGCUGGAGUAUUUUUGGUUAUUUUUGGAUUACUUGGUUACUAUCUUUGUAUCACCAAGUGUAACAGGCAACAAUAUCCAGGUUCUUCAGCCACCUAUGUAAGAAGGGGCCGGCACACUCCCUCCAUCAUUUUCAGAAGACCUGAGGAGGCUGUCUUGACUCCAUCACCACCUUCCAUGGAAGAUACAGGAUUACCUUCUUAUGAACAGGCAGUGGCACUAACCAGAAAACACAGUGUUUCCCCACCGCCACCGUAUCCAGGGCCAGCAAAGGGUUUUCGAGUAUUUAAAAAGUCUAUGUCGCUCCCAUCUCACUAAGCCCAUCAUGGUGGUAUAGGACAUUCAUGUUAUUUGAAUGGUUCGUUUUCCCUGAACCAAAGAGAUAUGUCAUAUCAUCCCUUUAUGACAAACUCUAAGGAGCAAAGAAAGAAUAAGCAUGCGUACAACUCCACAGAAGUUCUGUUGGCAUCUUGGACCUGAACUUGGUCAUUAUCAGCUUAAUAAGAAACUUUGACUUCAUGUCCUUGCAGUAAAGAAGAGAGCACUUUUUUGUUUAUUUUAGUGGUUCAAAACCUCUGUGUUAUGGAUGCCAUAGCUAGAACUGGUAAACUGUCCUUUAUACAGAUAAAAGUUAUAGAUUUCUUGUGUUAAAUAUAAAAAAAAAAGAAUUUCUGAUCAGUAGAUUAUCCAAAGUCAGCAUGUUGGACUCACCCUUUAUUAGGAUUUCUUUUGGGUUGGAAAUACUUUACAAAAUUUGAUACUUGAGUAUAAAUUGGUGGCCUUAAUAUAAUCACUGAGUUUUACAUUUUAAGUUAUUGCAUAGCAUUGAACCAUAUUUUGUAGGUUUUAGUUGUUUACAAUUGCUGUCAGUAAUGUUUUGUUAUGGGGAGUAGGGUAAGUAAUUUUUUAAAAAUUGCUUGCUAAGGAGUUAGUUCUUCAGAGGGCAUGGGGUUGCAAUGGCACGGAUUUGCAAGGACUGUUAAUAUUAUCAAAUAAAUACACAGGCUUCAAAUAUAGGAAUGACUAGCACUUGAUAAAGUUGCCCAUGCUACUGACAAGUACACAAAUCCAUUUUCAUUGCUAAAUUAUCUACCUAUAUAUAUCUGUAUAUAACUGUAUAUAACUGUUUAUCUUGAAAAUGUGUUGAAGUUUAUAAAUAAUAGUUUGAAAACCUAGAAAAAUUAAUUUGCUUUUCUGCUAUUAAAAUAAUGCUGACUAGGGGUGCCUGGGUGGCUCAGUUGGUUCA